AUGACCAUCACCAAGGACCCUGCUGCUCCUCUUGUCGCUGUUGUAGGCGCUACUGGGACCCAAGGCGACAGCGUUGUCCUCGCCCUCACCGAAUCCGACAAACCAUAUCGAAUUCGCGCAUUCACCCGUGACGAGUCGAAACCCGCGGCGAAAGCAUUGGCGGAGAAGGGCAUCGAGGUGGUCGCGGUAGCAUUGUCGGUGGAGAAUAGCGGUGCCGUAUUCAAGGCGUUUGAAGGGGCGGACUAUACUUUCCUUGUCACCAACUGGGCGGAACACGGAGACCCACCACGAGAAACCACCGAAGGCAAGCUCAUGAUCGACGCUGCAAAAGCCGCAGGUGUCAAGGGCAUCGUCUGGUCCGGGCUGCCCAGCAUCGACGCUCUCCACGCGUCUCCGACUACGGCCGCGCUUCUGGUGUCCCUUUCGGUCGACAUCCAGGCUGGCGGGUACGCGAGCAACAUGCGCACCUUCAUGCGUCCAGUCAAAAUCUCCGAGGACACUUGGGCAGUCAAUCUUCCCCUGCCCCCGACAACGCGGAUGCCCAUUAUUGACGCUGAGCGAGACUAUGGCCUGUUUGUCUGUAAGGCACUCGAGCUGCCGGUCUUUCCUGACAAACAGACGUGGGCGACGUUUGGCGAGCUGAUCAGCUUUGAGGACCAGACGAAGCAGCUUUCGGAGGCGACUGGCAAGAAGGUCGUCUUCAACCAGAUACCAUCUGCAGUCUUUGGCGAAGGAGUCAAGAGUGCCGGUACUCCGCCACAUAUUGCGCUGGCCAUCGAAGAGGUCUUCACAUCUGUCGGCGAGUUUGGAUACUUUUCGGAAGGCACUGUGAUCUCGCAGGAGGGGCUCGCUCGCCAACCGCGCACGUGGAAGCAGUACGUGCAGGCUCAAGAUUGGAGCGAUGUGCUCCUUUGA